UUCGAACCGGGUCGGGUCGGGUCCUUUAUAAGAAUGAGGAAAACCACUCACUUUCACCCCCACGCUCUCUUCUUUCUCUCUCUCUGACACAUAUCUCUCUCUCCUUCCUUUUCUCUCUCUCUCUCUCUUCUGUUGUGAAACCCAAACAGUGAUGGUACUACUUCUUUUGAGGGAUUUAGUUUAAUGCCCACGAAGAAGAGUUAGUUUAAGUAGUAGAAGAGAUUGUCUUUGUCUUCUUUCAUUCUCCACAAAGAUCUCGCGAGAAGGGGGUCCUUUAGCUAACUUUUGGGUAGCUCAAUGUGUAGUAUUCAAGCCCUUUGAAGAUGAUGAAAAGCAACAUAUUCUGCUGGUAAUGGGGUUUAUUCAGUUUGCUGGGUUCUUGGGGUUUAUGGUAAUAAUAAGCUUUGUCUAAGUCCUGAUGGUUGUGGGGGGGAGGAACAAAGGAGGAUGGAGAAAGACGAGUUUGUGCUUCUUCUGGAACUGAAGAGUUAUAGCUGCUAUAGUAGCUGGAAGUGAAGGAUAAUUAGAUUGAUUAUUGUACGGAGAUUAAAAUUAGGGUUUUCUUUUUUUUUUUUUACUAAUUUCAAAAGUUGUUAGUACCCUUUUGUAUCUCUUGAAUAUUCGAUCGACUAUGAAGCUGUCAACAUCUGGAUUGGUUCAACAGGGGAGUCAUGAAGGAGAGAAAUGUCUCAACUCUGAGCUAUGGCAUGCUUGUGCUGGACCACUGGUCUCUCUUCCAUCAUCUGGAAGCCGCGUUGUCUACUUUCCACAGGGUCACAGCGAACAGGUAGCUGCUACAACUAAUAAGGAAGUUGAUGGUCACAUACCCAAUUACCCAAGCCUACCACCACAAUUGAUUUGCCAGCUCCAUAAUGUUACAAUGCAUGCAGAUGUGGAGACCGAUGAAGUCUAUGCUCAAAUGACACUUCAACCAUUGACACCGGAGGAGCAGAAGGAAACAUUUGUACCGAUUGAGUUGGGGAUACCGAGCAAACAACCUAGCAAUUACUUCUGUAAGACUCUCACAGCUAGUGAUACUAGUACUCACGGAGGGUUUUCUGUUCCUAGACGCGCUGCUGAGAAAGUUUUUCCUCCACUGGAUUACUCACUGCAGCCACCAGCGCAAGAACUUCUGGCAAGGGAUCUCCAUGAUGUUGAAUGGAAAUUUCGGCACAUCUUUCGAGGACAACCCAAACGGCAUCUCCUAACUACUGGGUGGAGUGUCUUUGUUAGUGCUAAGCGACUAGUAGCUGGAGAUUCUGUCAUUUUCAUAAGGAAUGAAAAGAAUCAACUCUUUUUGGGGAUUCGUAGAGCCACUCGUCCACAGACCAUAGUACCAUCAUCUGUUUUAUCUAGUGAUAGCAUGCAUAUUGGACUCCUAGCUGCUGCUGCACAUGCUUCUGCAACUAACAGUUGUUUUACUGUUUUCUUUCAUCCAAGGGCUAGCCAAUCUGAGUUUGUGAUACAACUUUCCAAGUACAUCAAAGCCGUUUUUCACACCCGUAUUUCAGUUGGGAUGCGCUUCCGCAUGCUCUUCGAGACAGAAGAGUCGAGUGUCCGCAGGUACAUGGGUACUAUAACUGGUAUCAGUGAUCUGGAUUCUGUUCGUUGGCCCAACUCUCACUGGCGAUCUGUGAAGGUUGGUUGGGAUGAAUCGACUGCAGGUGAGAGACAGCCAAGGGUUUCUUUAUGGGAGAUUGAGCCUCUUACCACCUUUCCCAUGUACCCAUCUCUGUUUCCUCUCAGGCUCAAACGUCCUUGGCAUGCUGGCACAUCAUCCUUACAUGAUGGGAGGGGUGAAUUAGGAAGUGGUCUACCAUGGCUGAGGGGAGGUGGAGGAGAGCAGCAAGGUUUGCUUCCUCUAAAUUAUCCAUCUGUUGGUUUGUUUCCAUGGAUGCAACAAAGGCUGGAUCUCGCUCAACUCGGGACUGAUAAUAAUCAGCAAUACCAAGCAAUGUUGGCCGCUGGAUUACAGAACAUGGGCGGUGGAGAUCCUCUCAGACAACAGUUUGUCCAGUUGCAAGAGCCUCACCACCAGUAUCUUCAACAAUCAGCUUCCCACAAUUCUGAUUUGAUGCUUCAGCAGCAGCAGCAGCAGCAACAACAAGCAUCACACCAUCUCAUGCAUGCUCAAACUCAGAUUAUGAGUGAGAAUCUUCCUCUCCGACAAGAAGUUAGUAAGCAACCAGCUGGUGGGCAGCAAUCGGUGGACCAAAAUGCAUAUCUUAAUGCUUUUAAAAUGCAAAAUGGUCAACUUCAACAACAGUGGCAGCAGCACUCGGAUAUGCCCUCUCCUUCUUUUACUGACGCGAGCAAUAAAUACGGAACGACAGCUAGCCCUAUGCAACAAAACUCCGCCUCUCCAGGGUCUGCUGGACAACAUGGCAGCAAUCUUUUGAACUUCUCUAUAACCGGUCAGUCUGUACUGCCAGAGCAGUUAAUGGGAGAGGGAUGGUCUCCAAAAGCAUCCAACACUUUUUCUGAACCGUUGUCACUUCCACAAGCGUACGCUGGUGGGAAAAGUCUUGCUCUAGAACCUUCAAGUGCCAACGUGAAUCCCUCUGUAUUUGGUGUUGAUCCUGGCUCUUCUGGACUUUUCCUCCCAAGUACGGUCCCUCGGUUUGCUUCUUCAUCAGGAGGAGAUGCGGAAGCUUACCCAAUUUCACUAGCAGAUUCAGGGUUUGAGAAUUCAUUAUACAACAGCUGCAUGCAAGACACAACUCAUGAGUUAUUGCAUGGAGUUGGACAGAUUAACUCGUCCAACCAAACCAAGAACUUUGUAAAGGUUUAUAAAUCAGGUUCGGUAGGGCGUUCACUAGACAUCUCCCGAUUCAGCAGCUAUCAUGAGCUGCGAGAAGAGUUAGGGAAGAUGUUUGCUAUCGAAGGGUUGUUGGAAGACCCCCUUAGAUCAGGCUGGCAGCUUGUAUUCGUUGACAAGGAAAAUGAUAUUCUUCUCCUUGGCGAUGACCCUUGGGAGUCAUUUGUGAGUAACGUUUGGUACAUAAAGAUACUAUCCCCGGAAGAUGUGCAGGAAAUGGGGGAUCAUGGCGAAGGCAGUGGUGGGUCUCUCCCGCAAAACCCGACCCAUCUCUAAAACCUGAAGUCGCUUCAUUCAACUGAUCUUUAUAUGUCAUUCGUCGCAUCUCCCUCUCUCUUUCUCUCCUUUUGACGUUGGUAGAAAGAAACAUAAUCAAUCAUAUCUGUGAGUAUGUGUCCUGAAACUUGAGGGCGUACUUUGGCUGUGUAUUAGACACUCUGGUCAUAAACAUAAGAACCUCUCUAGGCUCUCUGCUUUUUCUAGUAUCAUUGUUCUAUUUCUGACGUUAAACAUUCCUCCUAUUUUAGCUCUGGAAAACUUUUUUUGAGGCA